AUGCCUAGUCAAUUGGAGGAAUUAGUCUCUUUUUUACACUCUUCGCAGCCUGCCGUUAGACAGAUCGCCCUUGAUAACCUUGUGGGAUUCAGUACUGGGCCUACCGCUGCCAUCUUCAAGUAUGAUAACUGUAAAGCCAUCGAAGAUUUGAAAAACCUGUCGCAAGAAAAAUCUAAAGUGCUGGUGCAGCAGUCGGUGACUAUCCUGGCCAAUCUCUGCGAUGAUGAUCAGCUUAGGAAGCUAGUUGCUAGUGAUGAAGAAUAUUUGGAAUGGUUGACCUGGAAGAUCUGUGACUUAGAGAACACCAGCGCUGAUAUUAUGUGUGUUCUGCUGAGCAAUUUAGCCAAAGAGGACGUGAUUACCAAAGUAUUCUGCUUUACGAGAGAGAAUACGGAUAAGAGCCUGCCUUCGUUGGAUCGUUCUGUAUUCAAGAGUGACAAGCUGAUCGAUUGUCUAAUGGAUUGUUUUGUCAAAGGCUAUGAUAGAAAAUUGAACAAAUAUGCUAAUUUUGAUUUCCUAUCGUAUUUCUUUGCUGACAUCUCCAGAUUUAAGAGAGGCAGACAAUACUUCAUCGAAGAACAGGAGUACGAUGGAGUGGUGCCUCUAUCGAAAUUACUGGUCUUUACGGAAAAGUACGACUGUAAGAUUAGGAGAGAAGGUGUUGCAUCUACCAUUAAAAAUUCUCUGUUCGACUCUGAGACUCAUGAAAGGAUACUGAUCGAUGAACAGAUCAACCUUUUGCCCUACAUUUUGCUGCCUAUCGCCAGUGCCAAGGAUUCUGAGAUAGACGAGGAGGACAUGUUCAACCUGCCUGAUGAGCUACAGCUGUUGCCUGAGGAUAAGACCAGAGAUCCGGUUCCUGCCAUCAUCUGUAGCCAUCUGGAGAGUAUUCUGCUUUUGUGUACAACGAAAGUCGGUAGAGAAUUUUUGAGAAGUAAAUCGGUUUAUCCAUUGAUUAGAGAGCUGCAUAAGAACAUCGAAGAUGAAGAUGUGGCUGACUUGUGUUACAGAAUUGUCAACGUCCUAAUGAGGGGCGAGCCAGAAAAUGACCAAUUGGAAGAAUUACCGUCCAAGGCCGCAGAUGAAGGUGAUGGCGAAGAAGAAGAAUCCGAUGAUGAAGCUGUCGUUGAAGUCGCAUGA